GUCAGUGGGCCGAGGGAGAGGGAAGGGGGCACUUCCUUCGUGGACCAGCGGGAUGGAAACAGUGGUGGAGCAGACCCCUCAACUCCUGUCUUUACCCCCAACGUCCACCCUUCUUCCCAUUUCCCAUUCCCAUUUGGCGAGCCCCUCACCUCUCACUCUCCCUCUAGGAAGACCAGCCAUCAGAUCCCAGGUCACUCCCUGGCUCCCAAGGCCUCUGUCUCCCAAAUGUCACCCGUCAGGCCUCCCGGCAAGAGGUCUCACUCUAUUGAAACUAUCCCCCUCCUUCAGGAGCCAAAGAGGAACCUGGAAAGGAUCGGGCGGCAGGAGUCUGUCAUCUCGGCCCUUUCCGUCCCCAACCCUAGACGGGUUACGAGAGACGUGGGAGAAGCCAGUGCUGCUUGCGGAGACUGAAGAGGACAGCCAGGGUGUGUGUGAGGGGCAGAGAGGGAAGUCUCCAGCACCGCCGGGACGGGGAGCUGAGCCAGGACCUCCUCAGCAGCAGGGCCGCGCGGCCCUCGCCCCUGCCAGACCCGACCCCCGAGGCCGCAUGGAUUUCACGUCAUUGGUGGGGCCCGAGCCCCUCCCCCAGUUCGCAGAGGCCACGCUCCUGUCACCAGGCGAUGAGCCAAGCCUCUUCUUCCCCGGGGCGGAGGCCACAGACGCCGCCACGCUGGCCACCUACUACGGCCGGGGGGCCGAGGCCUACAGGCACUCACCAGUGUGCCAAGUGUACCCGCUACUCAAUGGCCUCCCCUGGAUGGAGAACGGGCUGGGCCCAGCCCCCUAUCCCGCCCCGGGAUGGGCCUACGGCAAAGCCGGCCUGUACCCCGCGGCCUCGGCCCUGCCCUCCUCCCGGGACGCUCCCGCCGGGGCUGCCUCCUCCCCUCCGCCCCCCGAGGGAGACGGCAAGAGCAGCCCUGGCUUCCUGGAGACCCUGAAGACUGAGCGGAUGAGUCCACUGAGCCCGGAUCUGCUCACGCUGGGGCCCCCACAGAGCCUGGCCCCCCCUCCACCCCUGUACGGGGCCCAGGACUUCGCUGGCACGUUCUUCCCACCUACAGGUGCCCCCCUGACGGCAGCCUACUCCCCCAAGCUCCGGGGGACCCUAGCCCUCUCCCCCUGUGAGGCCCGGGAGUGUGUCAACUGCGGGGCAACAGCCACCCCGCUGUGGCGCCGGGACGGUACCGGGCACUACCUGUGCAAUGCCUGCGGACUCUACCACAAGAUGAACGGGCAGAACCGGCCCCUGAUCCGGCCCAAGAAGCGCCUCAUUGUCAGCAAGCGAGCAGGCACCCAAUGCACCAACUGCCAGACGACCACCACCACCCUGUGGAGGCGGAAUGCCAGCGGGGAGCCCGUCUGCAAUGCCUGUGGCCUCUAUUUCAAACUCCACAACGUGAACCGGCCCCUGACCAUGCGCAAGGACGGCAUCCAGACCCGGAAUCGCAAGGUGUCCAGCAAGACCAAGAAGAAGCGGGCCGCGGAGGGGCCGGGCGAAGGGUUGCGGGAGGAGCCUCCCCCGGCCACCGGUCUGUACGGCUUAGGGCCCAUGGUGCUCUCGGGCCACAUGACCUCCGUCAGCCAUCUGGUUCCCUUCCCUGGGCCCCUCCUGGGACCGCCUGCCGCCUCCUCUUUCCCUGCCCAGCCUCACAGCUCCCCCGGGGUGGUGACUGCCCUGAGCUCCUGAGGUCCUCUCCCCCCCCCCGCCGACCAACGGUGUGCUGAGGGUGGGUCGGGUGACCUUCAGGCUUAGCCCCAGGCUUGGGGAGGGGGGUGUCUGUGUGUGAAUGACCGUCCACGGGCAUAUGUGUG